AUGGAGAGGCAGCUGCUCUCCGCAGACGCAGCACAAUUCACAGAGGCAGAUCCUAAGCCGCGGCGACGGUCCGUUCGUCUUCGUGAUGGAGUCAAGGCGCUCAGUGACGAGAUCGCCUCGCCGACUUCUGCCGCUGCUGCUGCUGCCCGUCUUGGCCAGCCCUCGCUCAAGAGGACCUGGAGCUACGAAGUGGCCAAGGCCCGCGGCACCGACGUGGAGACCUUCAAGCAGAUGAUGUCCACAACUGAAAACAUCCAGGAACCAAGCGCGCUCCGAGUUUUUUACACGGACGUUCAGCAGAAAGCAAAGCUUGUGGCCGACAACCUUUGGUUCAACGUCUUCUUUGCCGUUGUUAUCAUGUCGAACUCCGUCUUUCUGGGCAUGCAGCUGGAGUGGAGCGCGUUGCGUGUCGACAGGUUUGUGGAGCCGGGAUUCAUCGUGGCACACCUGAUGUAUGCGGUUCUCUUCACUGUGGAGAUGUUCAUCCGCAUCACGGCCGCGGGGCCGAAAACCUACUUCGUCGGGCAUGGCUGGGCCUGGAAUUGGCUCGACGUCCUCGUGGUGGUCCCGGCCUGGGUGGAGUUGGCGCUGGACUUGAGCGAGAGAAACGACGGAGCAGAAGGCGGGGCUGCGAGCAACUUCCGCAUCAUCCGGGUCUUCAAGGUUACCCGCCUGCUCCAGGUCGUUCGCUCACUGCGGAUUGUUCGCUUCGUAGCAGCACUGCGCGCUUUGGUCCUAUCCGUGGUGGACACUACGCGGCAACUGAUCUGGGCAUUGAUCCUGCUGCUGCUCGUUAUCUACAGCUUUGGCAUCCUCUUCACCGAUGCUGUGUUGGAAUACUUGUUCGCCGGUGUCAGCGAAGGCGAGGACACCAGUGACCUGAUGAAAUACUUUGGCACCGUGUUUUCAUCGUGCUCGACGCUUUUUCGGUCGAUCUUGGGUGGCACGGACUGGGACAAUGCUGUCGAUGCCUUGGUGCCCGUUGGCAUGUUCUGGGUGCUGCUCUUCCAUGUCUACAUUGCCUUCUGCGGAUUUGCGGUGCUGAAUGUCAUGACGGGGGUGUUCGUGAAUUCUGCGAUCAAAACACGGGAGAAAGAUCAUGAAACGUUGAUGCAGAAUGGCGUCCGCUUGAAGGAUCUGGUCACGAAGCUGUGGAGCAGAAUCGACGCGACAGGGCUUGGGCAGAUCACGAUCUCCGAGUUCGAGACCAUGUUCGAGGACGAGGCAAUGCAGGCCUUCUUCGAAGCGAUUGAGAUCAAAGCCGUAGAUGCUUGGACGCUCUUUGACAGCUUGGAUGUGGACGGCGACCACACAAUCAGCAUGGACGAGUUCACUGAGAGAUGCCUCCAAUUGCACGGCGCAGCCCGCUCCGUGGAUUUGUAUGCGUUGAAGAAGCAGAUGAAGAAUCUCCAAGGCGCUCAGCAGCAGCUUGCAGAGCAAUCUGCAAGGAUUCUGAGAGCCUUGGCCCUACGUCUGCACAUCGAUGACCAUUUUUCCUGCUGA